GCCUCCUGGUGCCAAGUUCAGGGACAGCUCCGGUUCCCUCCCCGCCCCCUGAGCCUAUCCCGCCUCCUGACCCUGUCACUCUUGGCUCUGUCCUCAGUGUGUCCAGAACCCAGCAGGGUCCUCUGUCCCCUGCUCUGGGCCAUUCCCCACCCCACCCCUUCUGUGAGCCCCUCACUCAGGGUUCAGGACCCACGCCCCGCCCUACCCCAGCUCCCUCUUCAGGACCCGGCCAGCUGACCCUGACCCUGCUCCCUCCACGCGCACCUGCCGCCAGGAUGGGGGCCAGUGCUGGGGCCAGUGCUGGGCCCAGGCUACGGCCUGCACUGCUGUUCCUGUUGAUGCUAGGGACACCCAGAUUGGGGGUACAGGGGGAGGACGGGCUGGAAUUCCCUCAGUACGAUGGCGUGGACCGUGUGGUCAAUGUCAACGCGAAGAACUACAAGAACGUGUUCAAGAAGUAUGAGGUGCUGGCGCUGCUCUACCAUGAGCCCCCUGAGGACGACAAGGCCUCCCAAAGACAGUUCGAGAUGGAAGAGCUGAUCCUGGAGUUAGCGGCCCAAGUCCUCGAAGACAAGGGUGUUGGCUUUGGGCUGGUAGACUCGGAGAAGGAUGCAGCUGUAGCCAAGAAGUUAGGACUCACGGAAGAGGACAGCAUCUACGUGUUCAAGGGAGAUGAAGUGAUCGAGUACGACGGCGAGCUCUCCGCGGACACCCUGGUGGAGUUUCUCCUCGAUGUCCUAGAGGACCCCGUGGAACUGAUCGAGGGCGAUCGCGAGCUGCAGGCGUUUGAGAACAUUGAGGACGAGAUCAAACUCAUUGGCUACUUCAAGAACAAAGAUUCUGAGCAUUACAAGGCCUUCGAGGACGCAGCGGAAGAGUUUCACCCCUACAUCCCUUUCUUCGCCACCUUCGACAGCAAGGUGGCAAAGAAGCUGACCUUGAAGCUGAAUGAGAUCGAUUUCUAUGAGGCCUUCAUGGAAGAGCCUGUGACCAUCCCAGACAAGCCCAACAGCAAAGAGGAGAUUGUCAGCUUCGUGGAGGAGCACAGGAGGUCCACCCUGAGGAAGCUGAAGCCUGAGAGUAUGUAUGAGACGUGGGAGGACGACAUGGACGGAAUCCACAUUGUGGCCUUUGCGGAGGAAGCCGAUCCUGAUGGCUACGAGUUCUUGGAGACGCUCAAGUCUGUGGCCCAAGAUAACACUGAAAACCCCGACCUCAGCAUCAUCUGGAUCGACCCUGACGACUUCCCCCUGCUGGUGCCCUACUGGGAGAAGACAUUUGACAUCGACCUGUCAGCGCCGCAGAUAGGCGUGGUCAACGUCACCGAUGCGGACAGCGUGUGGCUGGAGAUGGAUGACGAGGAGGACCUGCCGUCCGCGGAGGAGCUGGAGGACUGGCUGGAAGACGUGCUGGAGGGCGAGAUCAACACGGAGGACGAUGACGACGAUGACGAUGACGACGACGAUGACGAUGACUAGCGGCUGUGGCCUCGUUCUCCAGCCCGGCCCCUCUCCCUGGGCUCCCUCCCAACCCCGUCCGUCCCUGGGCUCCUCUGGGGACACUGGGCCAUCCUCUGCGGUAGGGAGGCCCGAUGCUGAGUGCUGAGACCCCGACCUUUGCCCCACGAGGCCAGGACCUGCUCGUCCCCACGCGCCAGCCCAGCCACCUCUGCCGGCCAUCUCCUGUCCCUUGGCGGUCCUGUUCCUACGAUCCGUUCCCUCCAUGAUGCGUUUCCUUCCCCAUUUCCCUCUGCUCUGACUCACCAUUCCCUAUACUCUUCCCUCUGAUUCUCUUCUUGGUUCCCUCCACCUGUGCACGAUCUUCCCCACACUUUCAAAUCCUCCAUCCUUCUGGCGGCCUGAUCCCUGGCCAGGAGGAAGGGCGGGCCCUGUGUCUGCGGCUCUCGGCCAUCUCUUGUUAAUGCAUUUGGGUCAGAUAUCGGGAGCCCUCAAUAAAGGAUCUGGGGCAGCAUGA